GGCGCAUCUUUCCAGAGGAGUACAAGGCCACUACCUGCGCACUUUAAAAAAAACCACCUCUGUUUUGAAGGGUUUUAACAGCAAAAACCCCAAUCAAAGCGUCCUCUUCUCCUCUCUCUCUCUCUCUCUCUCUCUCUCUCUCUCCCACCCACGCUUCUCCCUCUUCGCCUUGUCCCCCUCUGUCUCUAGCCUCUACGCCAUGGAGGGGGAGGUGGAGGGGCCGGUGAGGGUCCGCGUGGUGUUCGACGAUCGCCGCAUGCUCACGAGGUCGCAGAGGGCGGAGGGGCUGCGGCGGUGCUGGCUCCUCCUCCGCCCCGGGAUCGCCACCGUUGCCGACCUCGCCCACCACGUCUCGCGCCGCUUCCGCCUCCGUCGCGCCUGCCCCGAUGGCCUCGUCCUCUCGAUGGAUGAAUUUGUCCUACCAUCAUUCGAAUCAACAUGCAUUUUCAGGGACAAAGAUAUUAUAAGAGUGAGAAAGAAGGUUUGCAAGAAGAAGGAAAUUGCUGAUAUACCUGAUGAUGUGCAUUGCAUUCAAGAUUCUGAGAUAAUUGAGAAGCAGCCCAUCCUCUCUAAUGGUGAAAUUCUGGCCAUCGAGUCCCAAGACGAUGUUGGCAGACGCAAAGGCAAAGAUGAACAGGGUGGAUCAGAGCAUCAAGACAUAAAUGCAACUUGUACACACGAGGGAACAAGUACUAAGAAGAAAAGAAAAGAUUCAGAUAAAUCCCAUAGCUCGAAGAAGAAGAAACAGAAACUAGCCGAUCCUGAAAAGUCGAUUGUCAUGACUGAAGAAAUUGAAAAUAUCCACCAGGAACAGAAACAAAGCUUUUUUGAGAAGGGUGAAACUUCUAAAAAAAAGUCAAAAAUAAAAGAUUUGUCAUCUAAGGGUGAUGGAAGAUCAGAUGCAUUGGUUGACUCUCAAGCUGAUAAUGUUGCCAAGGAAACAGACAAAUCUGCACCAACAGGAGAGAGAAAUGAUCAAGCUGAGGUGAAUUGCCAAGCUAACACAUGUCAAGCACAGGCCAAUGGCACUACCAUAAAGGCUCCUAGCAGAACUGCUCUUCGUAAGAAGGCCAAAAGAAUAUAUUGGAGGGAGGUUAAGCGUCAAAUGAAGGAGAAUUCGCAGAGCUUGACGCCAGCAAAUAACAUGCAAUGGCCACCACCAAAACAACAGGCGGCAAGUAACUCCCAGUGCCGACCACUGCAGCAACAAACUCUGGAAGAGAAUAGAGAAACCGUGGAUGAAGUUGUUCCAAUCGUGGUUAGACCCGGUCAUAUUCGAUUUGAACCUGCAGAUGAAGGACCAAGUAAUUGGCAAUCAAAAUUAGAUGCUGGGCCGAGUAAUCUGCAAUUAAAUGGGCCAAGGGAGACUUUACUGUGGAAUGGAAUAGCGAGCAAGAAGAAGGGACAGAAAUGGGGUAGGGAGAAGGGCUCAUGCAGGAGCAAUGAUGUUGAAGUUGUUUAUAAUGAGCCAGCCAGCGAAAAGAUUAUACCUGAGCAAGGAAAAAGUGUUGAUGUGCACUUAGAUUUUGAAAGCCUUUUCCCUUUAACUCGCAUUCCCAAGGAAGGUGAUCUUAUUGUGUAUCGCUUGGUGGAGUUGUCAUCCUCGUGGUGUCCCGAGCUUUCUUCAUACCGAGUUGGAAAAGUGAUAUUAUAUGACCCUAUAUCCAUGAGAAUAUUGCUGGUACCUGUCCCGGAGUACCCAAUUUUUCCUGAUGCUAAGGAAGAUACAGAUGAAUCUGCUUUACAAUGGGACAUCUCGCUAUACAAAGAGGAUGGCACUUUAGAGAUUGAUUAUCCAUCCCUUGUCGACGUUCGGCUACUGAAGGGAGCUGAUUCGGCAGCUGAAGCAAAUGGAACAACACCAGAAAAUACUAAGGAAAUGACCUCGGGUAAAAGCAUUGCGAGAGUUAGCAACUGCGAAGUGGCCAUGGCAAAAAGUAAUGCUCAAAAUUCUGCUGGUCCUUCAGGGAGCAAGCCAAGCUCGGGCUGGGAGCAAAUUGACCAGGCCUUACACGAGAAAAAGGCGGAGCUUCAGGAGAAUGGCUGGGGUACAUGGACUCCAAAUAAGAGCACUUUCACCACUUCUUCAUGGUCGUACAGCGCGCUUAGAGGGAGUGCUCUUGGCCCCACUGUUGCAUUCUUGAGGGGGAGAAACAAUAGAGGCGGUAAGAAUUUCAAUCCAAAAUUUAGAAAGUGAUGCUGUGCUACAUCUACUGCUAGAUAAGGAGAUAUUGUUCUAUCUGUGUAGAGAUUUCACUACAUCGCGGUCGCAUGAUUGUUAACUUCAUUUCACACUGAACCUCUCAUGCUGCCAGAAACAUGAACUAGAUGUCAUCUCUGUCAUCAUUUUGGUGUGAAACGUAAACGUAAUUAUUUUCCUUGCGAUUCCUAAA